AGUGGCUUCUGGACUACCAGUCCCAUCAAUUUGGGGAUGAUAGGGUUUGUCCAACACAUUUGGAGGACGCCAAGUUUGGAAAGGCUGAUAAGAUUGGAAUGGUACCCGCUUCCGUCUAUGGAAGAGACUGCUAGCUUGAGAAUCUUGUCUGUAGAGUCCACCAGUAAUUACGUGUUGGCCCAUAGCUGGUUGGAGACUGCUGGAAUUGCAGAAAAGUCUUCCUUCAGAGUUGAUGCUGCAGUUGCCCCUUCCAUUAAAUUGUUGGGGCUCGGAUGCUCCCUUGUUUAAUUUCUGAAGGCCAAUCCUAAACAUACAGGGAAAAAUGUUCUACAGCUCUCAGCAUCCCUCCAGCCAGCCAUGCUGGGAAUUAUAGGGUGUUUUUUUCUGCCUAAACAUGCGUAGUAUUGUGCCCUAAAGCAGCCUUCCCCAACCUUAGACUACAUUUCUCAGCAUUCUCCAGCUAGCAUGACUGGCUGGUGGAUGCUGGGGUUGUACUCCAAAACAUCUGGAGGGCACCUUUGUUCCGUGGGGCAUUUCCUAAUGCACCCUGUACUGAAAGCCUUUGUUUGCGGUUCCAUCAGUGGGACCUGCUCCACUCUGCUAUUCCAGCCUCUAGACUUGCUUAAAACUCGGCUGCAGACCCUGCAACCAUCUGUCAAUGGGUCAGGUCGUGUUGGGAUGGUAACUCUGCUCUUUAAAGUUGUUCGCACAGAAAGCAUUCUGGGGCUGUGGAAGGGUGUUUCUCCUUCCUUUGCAAGAUGCAUUCCAGGAGUGGGGAUUUACUUCAGUACCCUAUAUAUGAUAAAACAGCGUUUUCUGCUGGAUUGCUCACCCACAGCCUUGGAGUCAGUUCUCUUGGGUGGAACCUCGCGUACUGUAGCUGUUGUUUGCAUGUUACCUAUCACUGUAGUGAAAACACGCUAUGAGAGUGGGAGGUAUGGAUACGAAAGCAUACAUGGAGCUCUGCGAAAUAUCUAUCGGUCGGAAGGUGUCCUGGGCUUGUUUAGUGGCCUGACAGCUACGCUCCUACGUGAUGCGCCCUUCUCUGGCGUCUACCUGAUGUUCUACCUACAGACCAAAAAGAUAGCUCCAUAUGACCAGCUGGAUCCAGCACUCGCACCUUUAGUGAACUUUGGCUGUGGAACCAUUGCUGGCAUUCUGGCAUCGCUGGCUACUCAGCCUGCUGAUGUCAUCAAAACCCAUGUGCAGCUUUCAUCUGAAAAAUACCUUCGGACAGGCCAGGCAAUUGCUUUGAUCCUCAAGGAUUAUGGAUUGGCCGGCUUUUUCCGUGGUGCCGUUCCAAGGGCCCUGCGGCGCACACUGAUGGCAGCAAUGGCAUGGACUGUAUAUGAGCAGAUGAUGGCUAAAAUGGGCUUGAAAUCCUGAUGGACGCUUGGUGCUGGCAGACAGUCGGCCUAACUCUGUUCCUCCAUUCACAGUGAUUGCUGGGUGAGAUGGGUGUUCUCAGCAGUUUCACACGGGAGGUGCCUUGUACCAUAGGAGGGGAGGCACUUCCUGACUUCGAAAGUAGUGGACUGGAGACCUUUCGAGAUGGGAAAGAGCGGAGCAAACGUUUGCUGUGGUUAUGACGGGCGAAGCAUUCCAGGAAGACUGUUCCAGGGGUAUGAGAAGUGCACAGACGUUGGCAAUUGUACUGAGCUGUGCUGCUAAAGCCCAGCAUCUUCAGAGGAACCCUUUUGGAAAACCCUUUGCAGCUGCCUACUGUGAGCAGUUUCUGGAGGAUGCGGCGAAAACUCUUAAAGACAUGGCGGGACGUGGGAUUUCUGAACCUGGCAACCUCAUUACUCUCCUGGACUCCAGUCUCCCCAGUUGUGUGUGGCCUGUCCUAUCUACGCUUGUUUCCAGUGUGUGUCUUUGCUUGUGCAUCCCAAAAAUAGUGCACUGGGGAGAGUUUUACAGAGGAUUACCAGAAGUCCAUCUCAUUCAGAAGCUUGCCUAGUGUAAAGCCUUAAGAGAAUGAGUGAACUUACACUGAAAGCAACGCUAGGACACAUGAUCUUCCCAUUGCUUACAGCAGGGGUAGGUUACUUGUAGGCCAAAAUAAGUGGAAGGCCACAACUCCCAUCACCCUAGUUGGCAUGGGCAGUGGUGAUGAAUUAUGGGAUCUGUAUUCCAAAAUGUCUGCCUUACACGUUAGCUUUAGUGUACUCAAUAGUGGAAGCGUUGUUCAGUCCUUUGCUUCUGCUUAAAUGCAUUUCAUCCAUUUAAAUGGUCUUCAUUAAGCACUCCUAAGCUUUUCAGUCCUAACAUUGUUUUUCCUAUUUAAGGCAAAGCUACAGAGUCAAAUGUUGGCUUGAAUUGGCUUGAAUCCCUCUUAUGUUAAGGUGUUGUCUGUCUAAAUCGGGUGGGGAAGCUAUGGCCCUCCAGAUCAUGUUAGGCUUCCAACUUCCAUCUGGAAGACCAUAGCUUUUCCCAGCCCCUGGCCUAAACGUUGUUCUUUGACUACUGCCUUCAGGAAGGCUGAUUUAUUCAGCUUUAUCUUAGCUGAGCAUGGUCUUACCUUGUUAUUGCAUGCUCCUUACUUCCAAAGAUCAACCUUAAAAGUCAGUGUCACAAUGCUACAAUUACCUUUCAUUCUUCAACCUAGUUUCCCUCCAGUUGAGUUGGAACACAGCCUUAUCAUCCCUAGCCAGCAUGGGAGAUAGAUGGGAGUUGUGUUCAACAUACUUUGUGGGCAACAAGUUGAGAAUAACUUGGGAGUGGGUGGAAAAGCAGAGUGGAGGCAGAAAAUCAUAUCUGAAAUGAUGUCAUUUAAAACAUCUAGAUGUGGCUCUGCUAAUUGUAUAGAAAUGCUUUCCAUGUUCAUGAGACACUUCCUUGUCCUCUCCAAAGAUCUGAAGUCCAGUUAGAGAACUUUAUCUCUUUGGACUACAUUUGACUCUUGUGAGCUUGGAGAACCUUAUCAUGGGCUGUUAAUUAUUAAAAGCACUGAAUAUUAAAAA